AUGUAUGUGAGAAAAAACAAUGGUGAUGUUAAUUUGAGUGAGGAUAUAAAAUUAUUUAGCACACUAGCACAAGAAAGAAGACAAAAGUUUAUUCAAACUACCUUAUUACAGCAAGCUAGUACUAAUGUUUGGCAUCUGAUUCCAGUAACAGAACAGAAAGCUGAUGCACUAAAAAAUGAAAAUACAAUAAAAAAAGAAGAGCUUAUUGUAAUUAUUAAUUCAGUACUUAUCUCACUUCCUGACUCACAACGUGUGAAGUAUACUAAUUUAAAAAACAAAUUAAAGACUAUACUUCUAACAAUAUUACAAGAAAUACGAGAUUUUAAUAAUGUGAAAGAAACUAUAGAUGAAGAGAAUACUAUUAAUGAACUUACUGAUGAAAACUAA